AUGGUCUUUCAUUUUUCUCAACUUUCCUCCACAUGGUACAGAAAAAGUUCCAUCAAUACAUCAUGUGUGAAGAUCGAUUAUUCUCUGGAAGUCCGGAUUUUGCUCUACAUCCUCUUUAGCACUUCUUCUCUAAUCACUGUGAUCGGAAACCUGCUUGUGAUUAUAACCGUUAUACAUUUCAGACAAUUGCGCACAUCAACUAAUGACCUGGUUCUCUCUCUGGCUGUUGCUGAUCUGCUUGUAGGAGGAAUUGUGAUGCCUCCUAGCAUGAUACGCUCUGUGGAAACCUGCUGGUAUUUAGGAAGCACCUUCUGUAAAAUACACAGCAGUUUGGAUGUCACUGUGUGCACUGCGUCCAUUUUUAACCUGUGUAUUAUUUCUUUAGAUCGUUAUUACGCCGUAUGUCAUCCGCUUCUGUAUCACAGUAAAAUGACCCCUACUGUUAUUAGAUUCAUGAUCGUCGUGUGUUGGAGCAUUUCUGCAGCCACUGGGUUUGGUUUGAUAUUUCUGGAACUCAAUAUUCUUGGGAACGAAGAGUUUUAUUACAAUAACUUUGUGUGUGAAGGCACCUGCAUGGUAUUCCAAGCCAGAGUUGGAGCCGUUGUGUUUUCCAUGCUUUGUUUUUACCUCCCUUCAGUAAUCAUGAUUUGUGUGUAUGUGAGAAUCUUUCAGAUUGCACAAAGACAAGCUCGUGCAAUUCAAUCCACAAAUGCACAGAUGAAGACAGCAGAGGAAAAAGCCAGGAUGAGUAAAUCGGAACGGAAGGCAACAAAAACUUUAGCUAUAAUCAUGGGUGUUUUUCUGUCGUCAUGGAUCCCGUAUUUUACCUGCACCUGCAUCGAUCAAUUAACAGCAUAUUUUGUCCCUACGGUUUUGUAUGAUGUGUUUAUCUGGGUGGCGUAUUUCAAUUCAACAUUCAAUCCAAUAAUCUAUGCUUUUUUCUACAGCUGGUUUAGACAUGCUUUUAGAGUUAUUUUGUCUGGUGAAAUAUUCCUGGCUGAUUCUUCACACACUAAAUUAUUUUAG